CAAAUUAUUUGUAGAAUGCAAAUUGAUGGCAAGAACCCUACACGGAUAUAACAUUACACUAAAACAUAAUCAUUUCAAACCUUGCUUAAAAUUUUCAUUUGAUCACAUGUACAUUAUAUCUCCAUUAUGCGUGGGAAUACUUUGGAACAGAUUUCCAAAAUUAAAAUCACUUGGAGCUGAUUUGAUAAGGACAGAUAAGGGCACGCAUGACUACUGAAGCCUAUGUCCUCUCAGCAUCACUUUGCGAUAGGCUUCUUUCCGCGUAGGGACGCAAAAGCGACCGCUCCAUCAUGAAUGCGCACGUCUGGUGGUCAAAGAGAUGCGUGCGCGCCUACUGAGUCGGUCAAAAAAAGCAGCAGAUUUCAAAUGAGGCUGGACACAAGACGACCGUAGCCAUCCAUAGCACGUCGUCUUCACCGACCCGAACAACAACUUGGAUUAAGAAAGUACACCUUUUUUUCUCGUUAUAUAAAUUACGCAGUGAAGAGAAGAAAGGUUUGGGUAAAGUUCGGAUACACUCUUGGCUAGUUAUAUUUCUGAUGUGUUUUGCCUGUGCAAUAAUUACAUUUUGAGAGGAGAGAAACAGUCAUUCAUUUGGACAACCGUGAGAGUUCAGUUAAAGCUUAUUUUACACCUGUGACCUGAUACGGGAUCGACUUUGGUUGAGGAGAUUAUAUGACAAAUGGAUGGAAAUGCAAACAUAAACUUAAAUGCAAAAGUAUUCGUAUGGUUAAAUUAAAAUCAAACGAAUGAUGACAAUUCUAACCAAUUGAACCAGUUGAUGGUUUCAACCGUGGGAUUGUUUCCAACCCUCAUUCAUCAUGCAAAUGUGUUAAAUGCAAAGACAACGCAAGAGAUAAAGAAUUGUGCGUAGGCUACUGGGCUGCUAAUAAAGUGUUGUCGUGAUGGUGCGCCUGCUAAACUACCUCAUGCUGGGGUACCUGACCUGGAAUCUACGGAUAUCAGACGCACAAGGAGAGUACUGCCAUGGGUGGCUGGACAGUAAUGGAAAUUACCACGAGGGCUUUCAGUGUCCGGAGGACUUUGACACCAUGGACGCAACCGUGUGCUGCGGGUCUUGUUCCCUGCGGUACUGUUGCGCGGCCGUGGACGCACGGCUGGACCAGGGAAGCUGUACCAACGACAGAGAACAGGAGAACACGGAGUUUGCAGCGCAGCCCAUCUACGUGCCCUUCCUGAUGGUGGGCUCCAUCUUCGUGGCCUUCGUGGUGGUGGGCUCCUUGGUUGCUGUCUACUGCUGCACCUGCCUGCGGCCCAAGCAGCCAACACAGCAGCCUAUCCGUUUCCCUCUGCGCAGCUGCCAGACCGAGACCAUCCCCAUGAUCCUGACCACUGCGCCACCCAGCCUGCGCACCCCGCGCCAGUCCAGCACGGCCACCACCAGCUCCAGCUCGGCUGGCGGGGGCAGCUCGGUGCGCCGCUUCUCCCUCGGAGGUCAGGGUCAGCAGCAGCACGGGUGCUUGGUGUCAGCAUCUGCAUCCUUCUCCCCCUCCACGCCCCAGCCGCUGCUGCCACCACCCCCGCCGCCCCCCUACACCUCCCCCACGGCCUGCAUGCCAGGUGGCUGCCAGCAACCCCAUCCCCACGCCCACCCCCACACCCAGCUGCACCAGCCCAUGCACCAACACCCGGCCCAGGGCACGGGCUUCUUGCUGCCCCAGCAAUACUUCUUCCCCCUGCAGCCGGAGCCCUUCUCCGGGGCCAAGGGCUUUGCAGACUUUGGACAGAGCUGACGGGGCUCCACGGGCAAUGAGGAGGGGGAUUACAGGAGCACUGUGUGAUGUGAGCAGGGUUGUGUUCACUCGGCACCAAAUGGAAGAAAAUGGACCGAAACUAGGAAGGGACUACCUGAACCUGUCCAGAAUGAGUUAGUUUAACGCUGUGAGACGUUUUAAAUCAGUGAACGUUACUGAACAUGAGCCUGGUGUGUUGUGUUGACAGACAGUCAGCAGCUAAGGGGAGGACUGCACUGACGUGCAGUACAGUUGGUCUGUUGAAUGGAGACUGGGUGACAGGACAGUUAGGAGGUGCUCAAGAUGAACCACAAGAAAUCUCCCUAGUCGAGCAGAAUACAUGGGCCUUGUCUAAGUCAGUGGUUCCCAAACAGUGCGGGUCGGUGGGGGGGGAAGACUCAGUGCGGCUUUCAACUUGCUCUUGAAAGUUGUAAUAGUAGAAUGCACAAGGUGCAAUUUCAAAAUUGGGUAGUGCAUCAUCAGUUCCUCUUGUCAUGUCAGUCAUUGCAUUACUUAGAGAGCUAUUUAUCAGAAAUGUCCACAUGAACUAGUCAAUGUCAGCUAAUAUUUUCUUUUUGCCCAUAGAUGUUGUAAUUUUUUUGUCACUCAAAUAUCACAUGAAUACACAUUAGACAUGGGAAAAUGUGUAGAAUUGCAGGAUAUAAGCUUUAAAACUGCAACAAUACAAAAUUUACCAACAAGAGGGGUGUGAAGAGUUUGUCAUGAACAGUGCUUGUGUCCAUUGAAAUAGACGUGGUGCACUCAUGCGCGGGUGGUGACAGAUGUUCUCCAAUGCUGUAAGGGGAACCUGAGUGAAAACGUUUUGGGAACCCUAGUCUAAGUUACAGGAAUGGAAUCUGCUCAGACCAGACAGGACCUGUUUAUUGGUCUUUAUUGUUUUCAAUGUCAUGCACUUUUUUUUAUAUAUACAUUUGUAUUGUAAUCAAGAGUAUCUGUCUUCUUUUAUACACACUUUGGUUAAACAGUGAUUUUCAAUUGUCACAAUAACUUUUGUGGCAUCAACAUCUUUUAGAAGUGUUCUGCAAUUUUCUUGGGCAAGCUGUUGGACAUUUAAUGCAAUGGAAAUCAAAUUAUAAUUUUGACAAUCACAGGCCCCUCUAAAAAGAGGGAAAGGACUGACACCAAGUUGUGCAGUAAGGUGGACAAAGCCAAAGGAUGUACUGUGUACAGUGUUCACUGGUUUGAUGCUCUAGACCAGAUGUGUCUCAACUUCUUAUGUAGGGCUAUGACACACAAAUCAAUAAACUAUCAUAUUAGCCAACACCAAAUAA